CUGUCGUCAGUCUCUCCAUGCGGACAAUCGAUUCCCAACCUUCUAUUCCUCUCCACCCAGAACUCCUUUCUCCAUUAAUUCUUAUCGCAGGGAGAUAAUAAAUUAGGAAAACCCAAAUCUGCGAAUAAUUCUUCGAUUUGUGAUCGACCCUUCCAAUACUAGUGUUCACUCGUGUGUGUGAUUUUUUUUUCAAUUGCAUUGGUGCGCGUGCUGAGCUGCGCACAGCGGCAAGCUCUACCGUAGUGUGGAAAUAAUUGGAGUGACAAAUAUCGGAAAAUUGUUGUUCCAUGACAAUUGAAGCCGUACACUCUCUUUAAAUAAAUCAACUUGUUGGUUAUACCAGUGAGAUCAGUGGUAAGGAUUAGGAAUAACUAUGGCUAAUGAGGAACUUCCAAAAGGCUGGGAGAAACGCCUGAGCAGGUCUACAGGGCAACACUAUUAUUUGAAUAUUUAUACCAAGGAGAGCCAGUGGGACGUACCCAGCAAGCCAGCCCAACCGUGCGACAAUGGUGAUGGACCUGAGGAGGUUCAGUGUUCUCAUAUUCUAGUUAAACAUGCUGGAUCGCGACGUCCCUCCUCCUGGAGGGAACAGAACAUAACGAGAUCGAAAGAAGAGGCCCUGGAGAUUAUUAAGUCAUAUCGUGAACAAAUAACAUCUGGAAAGACGACAUUCACGGAACUAGCUUCAAAAUACAGUGACUGCAGUUCAGCAAAGCGUGGAGGUGAUCUUGGGCCUUUUGGCAGAGGUGCUAUGCAAAAACCCUUUGAACAAGCAGCAUUUGCACUGAAAGUAGGAGAGCUCUCCUCCCCGGUGCACACGGACAGUGGUAUCCACAUUAUCGAGAGAACUGCUUGAAGCGUUCAAUCGAAAUUGCAUUUAAUUUUUUUCCCCUCCAAAUCAUAUUAAUUGUACAAGAAUUAAGCGAGAAACUCGAACUAUUCGAGUUUACUCAAAAAUAAUGCAAGUCUUACUCGUUUUUUUGCUGUUUUAAGUGAACUUCCUUUUUAAUUCUUUUUUAAAGACAUACAUAGAUGGCGUUUAAACAAUGAGAAUUGUGUCUUUAGUAACACUAUUAACUAUUACGAAACUAAAUAAAAGUGUAUACAUGCUCA